UAUUUAUCCUUUGCUGAGAGAUAUGAAGGUUUUGAUAAAGAUCAUCGUUCAAACUUUACCUAAACAUAACGGGUUCUUGCAGAUGAUGUAGAUUACUUUAUAUAAGAAUGUCAAUAACCAUCACACAUUUCAAGUUUUCGAAGGAACCUGAAAAAUGCAUUCUUCCACAAUCAUCGUCCUGGCUUGCCUCGUGGCUGCAGUCGCAGCGAGCGUACAUUACGAAUAUUAUCCCGCGGAAGAAGUACAAAAUAUUCAGGAUGUUCACGAGUCGCUGAUUGACACACCGGAACAUGAGAGAAGCGCAAGAACGAAGAGGAGUCUGCUACUACUUAAGAAGAAACUUCUCCUUGGUGCUUUAGGUUUGAAAGCAGCGAAGGUAGGAGCAGUCGGCGCCGGGGUUGUCGGUGCUCUUGCCUACAAGAAACACCAGUCAGUACCAACAAAAAUCACAGUACAAUCUGACCGUUGGUCCGGUUAAGCUGCUUAAGAUUUCUGUUAAAGCAUGAUGUGCCGUAAGAAAUCAAACAAGAAGCUUCGUUACUUAGUGUUAAGUAUUUUAAUUUAAGAUAGUUAAAUCAAAGCUGAAACCAAUGGAUAGGUACUCUAUAAAUUCUACAAGAGAUGUAUUGUUCUAAAUCUAAAAAGUAGUCUACUAAGGCA